CAUACAUACGGAAUUAAAAAAAUUAUGUGACACAUCUCUUGAGAUCUUUUAUCCUGAACCCUGAACUUUUGAGAUAACAUUUUUUGGAAAGUGUUUUGUUUCUCAAUGGAAUUAAUCAAAUCAUAUAAUAAUAUUUAAUCAGGCCUAAAGUAUGUUUUAUUCACUCGUGUUUCUAUUACAAAAGCUUGCAGAAUAGUAGAUCACAGAUAGUUAAUCUUAGUUGAUUAUUGAACAUUGUUUUUGUCGUUUUUGAACGUAUCAUUAGCCAAGUGACAGUGUGGUCAUGUCUACCAAAAUCGUAAACAGGAAACAGCUGAUAAAUGUCAUUUUGAAUUCAUAAGAAUAGCAAGUUUCAAAGUUUCGAAAGAUACAAAAUAAAUAUUAAAAUAAUAACAUUAAGUUAGUGUUCCUGCUGGUUUAUAAGAAACGCUGGAAUAAUGACGGAAAUUUCAAAAACUUUAGAGGCUGGGUUGACUUCAGAUUCUUUUUGGGAAUCAAUUAAUAUAUUAUUAUCAAAACCUCAUGUAAUUAAUAGGAGGUUAUGGGGCAACAAAAUCUGGUUCAAAAGUAAUUGUAAACCUAAAAGUGCUGCAUUUAUCAUGCCAGCAACUUUACAUCAGCUGAGUGAUCUUGUUACUAUUGACAAUGUUGACCAACAUAAAAUUCAAAUUCUCAAUGAAUUGAAUGUUGAAACCGUAUUGUCUAAUACCACCAUUGAUGAUGGUGGUCAAGUUGCAGUCCUCCUAAUGGAAUUGCUUCCUAAAAACUACUCUGAUAAACAAGCAUACCAAGUUGCUUGCUUAUGGAAGGAUAAAUGUUCAAUAACCUUCUACGAUGUUACACCUUCAAGUCAAGAACAAAAGUUAUGCCCACAUUUUUCAUAUACUAUACAGCUAAAUAACAGCCACAUUCUACUUACAGCUACAACUGAUGAAAAUUCCAAGUCAUUUAAAUGGCUUAGCAAUACAUUGCUUCCACAGCUUAUCAAAUGGGGAACUGAGUCAAAAAGCCACAGUACCAAGUCUAAUAUGUGCAAUGAGUCCUUAUCACUGGUGUCCCAAACUAAAUAUUAUGAGAAGUAUAACGAUUUGAAGGUGAAAUAUGGGAAAGAAAUGGUCAAGAUUUGGCCAGAAUGUACAGAUGCUUCAAAGUUUGUAUAUGAAGAUGUGGCCAUAGCAGCUUAUCUUUUAUUGCUCUGGGAGAAGGAUGAAUCUAGCAAAAGUAAAUCAUUUGUAGACUUAGGAUGUGGGAAUGGGUUAUUGGUUUACAUACUUACCCAGGAAGGUCAUGCUGGUGUAGGCAUAGAUGUCCGAAAAAGAAAUAUUUGGGAUAUGUAUCCUCCUGGAGUUGUAUUACAGGAAAAAACUAUUACACCUACAGAUACAUCUUUAUUUCCUGACAUAGACUGGAUUAUUGGAAACCACUCUGAUGAGCUUACACCAUGGAUACCAGUUAUAGCAGCUAAGAGUUCAUAUAAAUGCAACUUCUUUCUACUUCCGUGUUGUGCAUACAAUUUUGAUGGAAGCAAAUAUCAGCGUAAAAAUUCAUUUAAAAGUCAAUACAAUGAUUAUUUAGACUACAUAAAAGAGUUGUGUGUUACAUGUGGUUUUAAUAUAGACACAGAUAGACUAAAAAUUCCUAGUACUAAAAGAAUAUGCUUUGUUAGUAAUAAUAGGACAUAUCUAGAAGAAGAACAUAAACAGUAUUGCAAUAUAAUAGAUGAUUUAAUAAAUAAAGAUUCUUCAAAUACAUUACAAGAUAUCGAAAAAGAAUUUAAAGCCCGAGAACCAGUGGAGAGAGUAAAGAAUUGUACACAAAUAGACAAAUCUAUUGUAAAUUCAAUAGUUGAUUGUAUAAGUAGAUACUUGCUAGAGGGUUGCUCAGAGUCAGAAACCAUCUGGUCGAUAGGAAGAACUGCAGAAUUUAGUGAAUUGAUACAUCUUAUACCUAAAGAACAGCUAAGUAUAUUGAAAUCUGAAUGUGGAGGUAUACAAACACUACUUAAGAAUAACCAUAAUAUAUUUGAAGUGCAAUCUGGUAGGGUUGGGUUAAGAUAUCCAAAAACAAUAAAUGAAGUUAAUCUUGGUACAAGAAAAAGAAAAUUUAAUAAACAAACCACUAUAAAAGUCCAGCAGAAACCAUGCUGGUUUUAUAACAAUCAUCCACAAGGCUGCCCAUUGAGUGAUUCAACUUGUAGUUUUCUGCAUGUAAAAAAUAAUAAAUAAAAAAUAGAUAGAAAAAUAAAAAAA